AAAAUUAUUCUGCUUUUCUAUCCCUCAAUAAGUCACGGAGAUAUUUGAUAUUGCUGUCAAAUUUGUGCUAUUCGUCUUUCAGAAAAUUUACCUUAGCGAAUCGCUGUUAGAAAAUUGUUUAGAAACUUGAUAUUAGAAUCACUGCCAUCAGCGGAACAGUACCAUGGGCGGACACGACCAUCACCACCACGGUCCCCCGUACAAAGUACCGGACGCGUCGAUCUACAAAGUGUCGGAUGCUCCCGAGCUGGUGGAAGUCGAGCGGGCUCUCGCUCGCCGUGGCCUUAAGGAUCCCUGGCUGAGGAACGAAGUGUGGCGCUACAACGUGCAGCAGUUCUCGACCCAUCGCACCCGAUUGGUUACGUUUUUAUUUAAGGGUUUCCCGCUGGGAUUCGCUGCCUUCGUCGCUACCAUCGGUCUCGAAUAUGCCCUGGGAAUUGAUUAUCAUGCUCAUCCAUCCCACAAUGGACAUAGCGAGGGGGACAAGCAUGGUGGUCACCACUAGAGAGUUGAUCGAUUGUUGUGAGGAAGUAGAGAAGGUUUUCUUUUGAAUUAUCCGGAAUAAAUCUGGGAGAACGUUAUGCGCUAAACAGUG